GUUUUAGUCAGCCCUGGUUCAUUUUGCAAAUUACAUAAAAGAAUACGACAAAAAACGACAAAAUGUUGCGACAAAUUGCUGGACCAACAUACGCAAAGUUAUUAAAUGCAACCAGAAAUACAGCGAACGCGUACAGCGCGAAUACCGCAAUUGGCGGCUCGCUGAGCAGUUUCUUGGUACGGCAGCAGCAAACGAUGCCCGUCGUGGAUCCCAGCAAUACUCUACCAAAGAAAGGCUACUCCCCCUUUGGCACCAAGCAGGCCAGCAUGGCCGAGUGGUCGCUGGCCAGAUUGGACGAUCUGCUCAAUUGGGGACGCAAGGGUUCCAUUUGGCCACUGACAUUCGGUCUGGCGUGUUGCGCCGUGGAAAUGAUGCACAUUGCAGCACCAAGAUACGAUAUGGAUCGUUAUGGCGUCGUGUUUCGAGCAUCUCCACGUCAGGCGGACGUUAUUAUCGUGGCUGGUACGCUGACCAACAAAAUGGCGCCCGCUCUGCGUAAAGUGUACGAUCAGAUGCCUGAACCACGUUGGGUCAUCUCAAUGGGAAGCUGUGCCAACGGAGGUGGCUAUUACCACUACUCGUACUCGGUGGUACGUGGCUGCGACCGCAUUAUCCCCGUCGACAUCUACGUACCCGGCUGUCCACCCACAGCGGAAGCACUCAUGUACGGCGUACUGCAGCUCCAAAAAAAGGUGAAGCGCAUGAAGACUCUUCAGAUGUGGUACAGGAAGUAGAUCUACCUUCUCUAAUAUUAAAUGAAAGCGAAAAGUGUUAAAUAAAUAUUGCUUAAAAAUGUAGCUAA